GACAACAAGACACGGCUGACUUUACUACCAGGGCUUCUCCCAACAGUGAACGAGGAAGAAGAGCUCUGUCAGGCGAAGCUGCCUUCUUAUUACCUUCUUAAAUAAAUAAAGAUAACUUUAUGACACCGAGGACGGAAAUUUAAACCUAAUACAUUUGAAGGAUGUGUGCUUUUCUCUCUCCAUUUCAUCGACCGUGAGCUCUCCGUGUCCGUCUCUGCUGCUCUGUUUUUCUGGCUAUGCUGCUGCAGGCGCUUUUACAACACAUGAAGCGGUUUCCUUGGGUGACUAAUGUGACGGUGUACGGCUGUCUGUUCGCCGGCGGAGACCUCGCUCAGCAGCGCCUGUCCGGCUCGGAGAAGCUGGACUGGAGCCGCACCAGAAAUGUGGCCGUGGUGGCUUUCAGUUUCCAUGGCAACUUCAGCUUCCUGUGGCUGCGCUUUCUGGAGCGGAGAUUUCCCGGAAACUCCAUCAGCGCGGUGCUGAGGAAGCUUCUGCUGGACCAAACUGUGGGGGCACCUUUAGCCACCAGCGUGUUUUACACAGGGGUGAGCUUUCUAGAAGGAAAAGAUGACAUAUUGGACGACUGGAAAAAGAAGUUUGUCAACACAUACAAGACGGGACUCAUGUACUGGCCAUUCAUGCAGUUCCUGAACUUUUCCCUGGUGCCUCUGUACAUGCGCACUAUCUUCACGGGCUGCUGUGCUUUCGUCUGGGCCACAUUCCUCUGCUUCUCCCUGCAAAAUGGAGACGGCACCAUGACGGCAGCUCUGGACUGGAUUCACCAGCUGAACGGAGAGGUGAAGGUGCAGGAGACCGCUAAGAGCAAGUGAUUUGCAGAUCGCUGCAGAUAAAGUUGAGCUGAUCUAAAGCAACUGGACAAACAUGCACAGACGUAUGCAAAAGUCGGAACGUCAAAUUACAAUUUAGUGCACAUAC